AGAUGACUUCUCGUCGUGAAGACGAAGCUUCUUCCUCAUACCCACCACCCCCACUCACCUCAUCACGUAUCUACAUCGGAACCCAAGCAAGAGAGAUCCUCGCAACACGUGACAUCAAAGGAAUCACAAACCUCAUCACUAGCCUCUGUUACGGUAAAGAAACAGAGCAAUCAUCUUCAUCUCCGAAGCUUCUCUACGAAAUCUUCAAGCACCAUUUCCCAAACAUCUUAGCCGUGAAGCUCCUCCAAAUCUACAGGUUCGGUGCCGAUACAACAACCCCAAAGAUUCGAUCUUUCUCACUCUUUCUCCUCGAUUCACUUCUCAUGGAUCUCGACGACUCAAGGGUCGGUUUGAAAACAGAGUCUUUGAAUGACAUCAAAACCCAUUUGAAUGCUUGUCUUUACGAGCGAGAAGCUUCGGAUGAAGACUUCAAACUCCUCUCAAGAAUCGUAUCUCGUGUCGCUGUUGAUGUUUUCAUAGGAAGCAACCCUUGGGAAGAGCUCUGUAUUUACAUUCUCUCACUUGACGGGAAUAAAAAAGCUCUUUUGAUGUUCAGUGAUUUGCCAAUGCUUCUUGAUGAUGAGUUCUUGAUUCCGCUGUUGGACAAUGGUCUUGGUUUAAAGAUCGUUAACGUGUUGUUGAUGAAUCAAGAUUGUGAUGAUGAAGAGGAGUGGUGUUUAGCUUUGGAAGCUGCGUUUGGUUUGAUUCUUCAGCUUGUGACUGUGAAGAGGGAGAGUUUGGUUUGGGAUUUGGUUUACGCGAUUUUGAAAUCGGUUUGGGAGAUGGUUAACGUGAAGAGAAGAGAGAUCGUUGUGCGUAAAAGUUUCGUUAGGGUUGCAAGGAUAGUGGGAAGAGAAGCUUUGAGGUUCAGUGAGGCUGAGUAUGAAGUUGUGUCACGUUUAGGUUUCAUGAUACAGAGGAUGAAUGGAGUUAGUGAUGUUACGUUGAUGAUGGUGACUAUGAUUCAUGAAGUUCUCGAGAGGUAUUACAUGGGAGGUCAACCAUUUCAUACUGGUUUGCUUAACCAGUUCCCGUAAUUGGUUUUUUUUUUUA